UACCCCUCACUUUUUUUGCAUCCCAGAACAAGAAGCAGUACUCCAAUACAUUUUCUUGCUAUUGUUUGCCAUUGUUAGUGUGUGUUUUCUUAUACAGAAAUCAUACUCAUAUCAUCACAUUCUCAUUUUCAGAACUUCUGUUAUUAUCAUCACGUAUUGAAUUUGUGGCGGUGUAAGAUGGCCAGCUCCAAGGUUAUAGGAGCUGUUUUCAUUGUUUUCCUCAUUGUGGACAUUGCCUUUGCUGUUAGGGUGCCAGAUAAGUUACUUGGUGGAAGAGGUGGUGGAGGUGGUGGUGGUGAAGGAGGUGGUGGUGGUGGCGGCGGUGGUCUUGGUGGACGUGGUUAUGGGUAUGGUUCAGGGUCUGGUGGGGGUGAAGGGUAUGGUGGUGGAGCCAUAGGAGGUGGAGGUGGUGGUGGUAGAGGAGGUGGUGGAGGAGGUGGUGGUGGGAAUGGUGGUUCAGGGUAUGGCUCUGGGUCAGGGUAUGGCUCUGGGUCAGGAUACGGGUCUGGUGGUGGGAAAGGAGGAGGUGGAGGUGGUGGGGGUGGCAGAGGUGGAGGAGGUGGUGGAGGUUCUGGGGGUUCCGGCUAUGGUUCUGGUUCUGGCUAUGGUGAAGGAGGUGGCUAUGGUGAAGGAGGAGGAAUUGGUGGUGGUGGUGGCGGCGGUGGAGGAGGUGGUGGUGGAGGUGGCGGUGGUGGUGGUAAUGGAGGGUCUGGUUAUGGCAGUGGGUCUGGCUAUGGUUCAGGAUCCGGGUCUGGAUGGGGAGGAAAUCAUUGAGUUCCCUUAAACGUAUGAAGAGUUGUUUAUUAUUUUAAUAUUCAAUCUUAUUUCGAUCGAUAUAUGAUGUAUUCAAAAUAAAGCAGUGUGAUCCUUCCUGCAUAUAUGGUGGUUUUAUAGUUAGUAUUGUGGUUACUAUAUAGGUGUUACAGUGUAUGAUAUAAUGAUAAUCAUUGCAUGUGAUAUUGUUAUCAAGCUUCACAUUAAUUAAUAUAUAAAAGAACAUUGGUUUGGAGGAGUACCCUACUGGUUUGGUGGGAAUACUUUCCUCUGAUUUGAGUAGUUCUCAUUAAUGAAA